AAGUAUUUCAUUAAGUACUGGACAGGUGAACUGACUAAUGGACGUUCCAAAUUCCACGUCCUUUUCCUUCUCUUUGUGGCGGUCAUGUUCUUUGUAAGCCUUAUGUUUCUGUUUGGCUACCACUGCUGGCUUGUUAGCAGAAACAGAUCCACUCUAGAGGCUUUCUCAGCUCCUGUGUUUCAAAACGGCCCAGAUAAAAACGGGUUCAAUCUUGGCUUCGUAAAGAACCUUCAGCAAGUGUUUGGAGAAGAAAAAAAGCUCUGGUUGCUACCUAUUGCCUCUAGCCAGGGCGAUGGGCAUUUUUUCCCCAUGAGGGCUUUGUGUGAAGCUCAGAAUCCUCUCCUAGCAAAUGAAGAGCAGUGGGAAGAUGAUGGAAUAGAUGAAGAGCCUCACGAUUCUGCUGAAGCUUCAUCCCUUGCCAUAGAAAGGGAGACAUAG